CGGAUCAUUCUCCCUUCCCGGGGCACAGAGACCAUCUUUAAACUUCCUAGUAGGUACUGCGCAGCAUCUCUGCCUACAGUGGACAAAAACAGCAGCAGCAUCAUCUCAGCAUGGGACACUCGCAUCAUGAAUGUCAUUGUGAUCCACCAAGGACGAGGGGAGAGGAAGUCUCGGGAGGUAUUUAGUGAACCACAAUAACGAUGCACGCUCCCUGUGUGAACAGAUAGCGUCCAACCGAGUAACUCCACACAGUCCCGGCGGUCUGUAUUGCAGCGUCAUGAUGAAGAGGCGCCUAGGCUUGAAGCGGCUUUCUGAUGUUCUUAACGAUGGACCGAGCGGAGCAGAAAAGACUCUUUAAAGGCUUGUUUCCGAGGCGACAUUGGGGGGAGAAAAACGUCUGCCCCAGUCCUGAACCCUAUCGACGGCUAGAAGAACUGCGGCUUGAGUAGAAAUCUGACACGUGGAUUACUCUUCGAAAAACAGACUCUCCUCUGUGACUCGUGACUUCCUGAUUUGCAUCAAUGUAACAGAACGAUCGAAAGAAAAAGAUCCAAAGGGGACUGGUGAUACGUCGCGUUGAAUGGCAAUUAUUCAAAAACACGGAAAGAACUCUUGUCCACAACUGGUCUGCAAUAAGGAAACCCAUCCACAUGACAAGAGCGGGGUCUCUGGAUGUCAGAAGAAGUGUCCCGAACAGAAUGCCCAUUGGUCAAGACCCCUGGCGCGGACAUGGACCGUUGUCCUGCUGUUUGGGACGUGCCUGCUGUACUGUGCCCGUGUGGCAAUGCCCAUCUGCUCCGUCAGCAUGGCACAACAGUUCAACUGGACCAAGAGGGAGUCAGGCAUGGUGCUGGGCAGUUUCUUCUGGGGCUACUGCUUUACACAAGUCCUCGGGGGAUAUGUUAGCGACAGGGUUGGGGGGGAGAAGGUCCUACUCCUGUCUGCCGCAGCCUGGGGGGCUAUGACCGCCUUCACACCGGUGCUGGCCCACUUCUGUUCUCAGCCCAUCUUCUCCAUGACCCUGGCUCGUUUCCUCAUGGGACUGCUUCAAGGGGUACAUUAUCCUUCUCUGGCAAGCUUGUGCUCCCAGAAGGUAGUGGAAAGUGAGCGAGGUUUUCUGAUGAGCACCGUGGGCAGUGGCUCCUACUUGGGCACGUUGAUCAUCGGAGGGGCGGGCUCUCUGAUGCUGGACGUGUAUGGCUGGGAGAGUGUGUUCUACCUGACAGGCCUCCUCUCUGUCCUAUGGGCAUACUGCAUGUGGAAGUGUCUACUUAAAGGGGAAGGUCCGAUUAUCACACUGGAGUCCCUUGGAAGUGGUGGAUCUCAGUCCAAACUGACCAAGAGACACUGGCUGCGCCUCUUCAAACAACCGGCUGUGUGUGCGGUGAUUGUUGCUCACCUCUGCACAGCGAGCACCUUCUUCACUCUGUUGUCAUGGCUUCCGACUUUCUUUAAGGACACGUUCCCUGAUGCAAAGGGAUGGGUGUUCAAUGUCAUUCCAUGGUUGGUGGCCAUUCCCUCUUCUCUCCUCAGCGGAUGUCUCUCUGACCACCUCAUCUGUCAAGGUUUCGAUACAGCCUCUGUGAGGAAGUUAAUGCAGUUUUUUUCCAUGGGCGUUACCAGUGUGUUUACCAUUCUGCUUUGUGGAACAUCCACCUUUCCCUGGGCGGUUGCUUUUGUGUCAAUCACCAUGGGCCUCACAACCUUUAGCCACAGCGGGGUGUCGGUGAAUGUCCAGGACCUGGCCCCUUCCUGUGCCGGAUCCUUGUUUGGUGUCAUGAAUACGUGUGGAGCUUUCUCAGGGGUCCUGAUGGUGUACUUCUCUGGGUACCUGAUCGAGUCGACGGGCUCCUGGGCGUCUGUGUUCUUCCUCAUCACGGUGGUCAACCUCUUCGGCCUCUUCACCUUCCUGGCCUUCGCCGAGGCGCGCCGCGUGGACAUCGACUCGGCCAAGCAGCGCUACAACCACAUCCACAUCUGAUCCCCCAGAGACCACGGGGGGAACCUUCAACAGGAACCUGAGGAAGGAGAUGAGGGACAGGGUGCCAUGGGACCUGGACUCAGAAACUGGUCGGAUUGUAAUGUGUUAUCCGUGUAACCGGAGGUAUGUUGUAUUGCUGAAAUUCUAAUGGCGAGAGAAUCCUGGGGUGUUACGUUGCGUGUUUGAAGCAUUUCGGCUGAAAACACAUCCAGAUGUUACUGUCUAGUCACAUGUGUGAUGGUUCAAGACUAGAUACUUAGUCUUUUUGAAACAAUGGACACAGGAAUGUGGGAAGCGCAGUUGGGCUACAAAGGACACAGAUUUAAGUUUACUGAAAGAAAGCCUUUUUGUUGAACCUUUGUAAACAUUUGGGCAUAUGUUACUGUUGUAGUUUCAUUGCAUUUAUUUAUCCCACCACCACCACCACCACCACCAACCCCACCACCACACCCCUCCGUCACACCUCUGUUUUUUGGUGUUUGUCUGAACAAGGUUGGUCUCCAUGACAACGUGAUGGUGAUGGACAUGUCUCGUGAGGACUCUGACAGAUGUCACAGACCAAGAGGGUUUUUCCUUUACCCUGAGGGUAGUGAACCCCAUCUGGGUAUUUUUUGCGUGUGUGUGCGGCAAGGCUCUCCCACCUGUGGACUUUGUAUUAGUAAGUGACAAGCCCCCCCCCUCCCCCCCCCCCGACCAUCCUCCUCUCCUCAACAAACCAGUCGGAGUGACAUCUCAUUACCGAGUGACUAAUUACCCGGCAGCCAUUAAAAUGUCCUGUACAACUUGCCCCUCUGUUGUGCCCAUUGCCAUGGUUACAAGCUCAUCAUCUUGUCAUUCACUUUGGAUCUGGGAGGCUGUGGUGGGGCGGUUCUCUUUGUUGUUACUGGGCUUUUACUCAAAACGUUUCCCAAUGUCUAGAUUCAUAUUUUUUUUGCAUACAAUUUAAGACCAAAGGAUAUUAUUGUCAUUCGAUUUGCAUGAAAGACGAAUACCUCAUGUUAUAAUCAUUUUGGAUAUAUAUAUAUAUAUAUAUAUAUAUAUAUAUAUAUAUAUAUAUAUCUAUGCCUUACUGUUUUCGCUGCUAAAAAGUCUUGACAAUUUAGAAAUAUGAUCUAUUGUUGGGCUUAGUUUGCUUCAACGGUCAAGGAUGAAAGUUUAAUGCGAUAUGAUUCUAUAUUUUAAUAAACCUCCCUCUGUAAUUAUGAAUGUUGUUUUUCCUUACGUCUAUGUUGACCCUUCAUUAAUUUAUGCAUUGUAAAGUACUAAACAGAUUUCCACUGUUUCUUGCCAAUUUGCAAGCUAAUUAGCCAUAUUUCAUUAGUGGUAACAUAAUUAGUGGUAAAAUACUACUUAUUUAAUACUGGAAAGAUCAUAAGUGCAUUUGUCACUUUGCUCCCAAAACGUUGGCAAAGUUUAUUAGUUUAUUGAUAUUACUACGUAAGAGUCUAAUUUUAUUCUAAUCUAAUCAAUAUCAUGGUUUUCUGUCCACUUAAUGUACACCUAAAGUCUAUUUACCUGAAUGUUUAUCCAUAGAAGCAUUAAGAGUUACUUUUAGUGAUCAUUGCACAUAACGUGCACCUGCUUGGGUUUGCUGUUACAUUAGUCAGUUAACACCUUUUCAAACCAAAUACCCUUAUAAGGGGUUCUAAAUACAGCAAUGCAAUAUUUUGAAUGUCCUCUAUUCAUCGCCAUUUGCAAGAAUUACGUAGGAUAGGUUGCAACAUUCACCUCUGUCAUAAUAGAGCUUGUUCUAUAUUAAUUAUGAUAUUGUGUUCAACUUCUAAAUAAAUGUAUUUUAUCAACUGC